AUGGCAUCGUUGGGAUCUUCUUCGUCGUUCUGGUGCUAUCGCUGCAACCGCGUCGUUAGGGUUUCCCUUGCAUUAGAAGCGCAACCGGAUCCUAUUGUUCUCUGCCCCGAUUGCCACUCCGGUUUCCUUGAGGAACUCCACACGCCUCCCCACUCGCGUCGAUCCACGCGCGCCGGGUCCCCCUUCAAUCCCGUGAUCAUGCUGCGCGGCGGGAACGGAAGCGAAAUCGCAAACGCAAACGAAAACGACGUCGUCUCGGGGAACUUCGAGCUCUACUACAACGACGCAGUUUCCGGUCCUGGCCCGAGCGGCCUGCGGCCUCUGCCCGCGGGCGUGACCGACUUCCUCAUGGGCUCGUCGGGCUUUGAACACCUUCUGGACCAACUCGAUGGCACCGCGGUGCGCGUGGACCGGGCGGCGUCCAAGGCGGCGAUCGAGUCGAUGCCGGUGGUGAAGAUCCUGGCGAGCCACGCGCACGCGGAGUCCCACUGCGCGGUGUGCAUGGAAAAUUUCGAAGUGGACUGCGACGCACGUGAGAUGCCGUGCGGGCACGUGUACCACUCUGAGUGCAUCGUGCCGUGGCUCUCGGUGCGGAACUCGUGCCCCGUGUGCCGCCACGUUGUUCCUUCCGAUGAGGUCGAUGAUAACAAUACGGUGGGGUUAACUAUAUGGAGACUCCCUGGUGGAGGAUUCGCUGUCGGCAGGCUCAUCGGAGGUAGAGAACUCCCGCUUGUGUACACGGAGAUGGACGGCGCGUUUAACGGUGCUAACGGCGUUCCGAGGAGAGUCUCCUGGGAUUCGUCUAUUGGUAGGUCUAGGGAGAGUAGGGGGUUUGGUUCUGCUUUUCGGAAUAUCGUUUCGUAUUUCGGAAGAGUUAGGAGUUCAUUUUCUCGUGGAACGAGAAAUUCGCGUGUCAAUGGAAGAUCUCGCUCUGCCACAACCAUUUUUUCUAGGUUCAGGAGUGGAUCAAGAUUUUAA